AUGGACAACACAAAGUGGAUAGUUAGUAUUAUCCAUCAGGACCAGACAGGUGAAAAGAAAGUGAUGAUGAAUUUGUUAGCUACAGUUUUAUUGGUAGCAAUAACUUCUGUAGCUAAUGCACUGACCAAAAGUGAUUUCCCUGCUCACUUCUUGUUUGGUGCUUCAACUUCUGCUUAUCAGGUUGAAGGUGCAGCAAAUGAAGAUGGAAGGAAACCAAGCAUAUGGGAUACCUAUGCAUACGCUGACAAUGGAGGGAAAUCCAAGGGAAAUGGUGACAUUGCAUGUGAUCAAUAUCACAAAUAUAAGGAUGAUGUCAAACUCAUGGCUAAAAUGGGCCUAGAUGCCUAUAGAUUUUCUAUAUCAUGGUCAAGACUUAUUCCAGAUGGGAAAGGGCCAAUAAAUCUCAAGGGAUUGGACUAUUACAACAACCUUAUCGAUGAACUUGUGAGCAAAGGAAUCCAACCACAUGUUACGUUGUAUCAUUGGGAUCUACCACAAACACUUGAAGAUGAAUAUGAAGGAUGGGUUAGCCGAAGAAUUAUAAAAGACUUCACGGCAUACGCUGAUGUCUGCUUUAGAGAGUUUGGAGAUAGAGUUAAACAUUGGACUACAGUGAAUGAAGGAAAUGCGUGUUCAAUUGUGGGAUAUGGUUCGGGAGUUUUACAGCCUCAAAGGUGUUCAUCUUCCUCUACAUUUAACUGCUCCAAAGGCAAUUCUUCAACUGAGCCAUAUUUAGUAACUCAUCAUAUGUUGUUAGCGCAUGCAUCAGCUGCAAAACUGUAUAGGACAAAGUACAAGGCCAAGCAAAGGGGAUUUAUCGGUUUUAAUCUCAUUGUUUUGGGUUUUCUUCCACUAACAAAUACAAUUCAAGACAUAACUGCUACUCAAAGAGCCAGAGACUUCAAUAUUGGGUGGUUUCUAAAUCCCUUCAUUUUCGGAGAAUAUCCAGACGUAAUGAAAAAGAAUGUUGGCUCAAGGCUUCCUUACUUCACCUCCAAGGAAUCAAAUUUGGUUAAGGGUUCAAUUGAUUUCCUUGGAAUAAAUUUUUACUAUGCAUAUUAUGUUAAAAACAACGCAAAAAGCUUGCAGAAAAAGGAUAGAGAUUACACAUCAGACAUGGCUGCGGAGCUUAUACUAUACUUUGGAAAUGGUACAUCUCCAUAUGAGAUUCCAGUUAUACCAGAGAUUUUGGAAGGGGAGCUUCACUCAUUGAAGAAUGAUUAUGGCAAUUUUCCAAUUUACAUUCAUGAAAAUGGUCAACAAACAUUUAGGAAUUCAUCUUUAGAUGAUUGGUCAAGAAUGGAGUGUAUGCAUGUAUACAUAGGGAGCCUCCUUGAUAUGUUGAGGAAUGGAUUUAAUAUAAAAGGUUACUUUGUAUGGUCUUUUUUGGAUGUGUUUGAGUUACUAUAUGGAUAUGAAAUAAGUUUUGGCUUAUAUUACAUAGAUAUGAAAGAUCCAACCUUGAGGAGACAACCUAAACUUUCUUCUGUGUGGUAUUCAAAUUUUCUAAACAACAGAACUAUGGACUCAAAGAUCACCAUGAAAAUUGAGGAGAAUUCAUCUGUACUCUCCCCCAACACUCCCUUGAUGCAUGCUACCACUUAA